ACAAUAAAUACUGUUAAUUAUACACUCAACCCUUUCGUUAACAUAACAGAAAAAUGUGAAUAUUUCCAAAAAGAAAAUGAUCAAAAUAACACACAUUAUAAACAAAGCACUACGUUGAAUAUUAAUGGCUUUGGUUAUAUGAAGAGUCUAAUAGAAAAUACAAUAAUUAAUACAAUACGUGAAAAAAGUAAGCAAGGAAUAUCUAUCAUGAACGAUACUAUAAAGAGAACAAUGAAUGACAACAUUUAUAUAAACAAUUUGGAUAAAGAAAAAAAAUAA